AUGAAAGCACCUCUGCGGAGAGUUGCCGGCAACCAAGCUCGAGGGCCAUUGAGAGCUGUACCGCACCAACUGCCCGUUCGGUACUCCAGCAGCUUCGCGCAACGACAAGGCUCGAGUCAUGUGUCAUUUCCUGGCGCCGUAAAGAGUGCCUUUACGAGUGACAUGAAGUUUGCCCUAUCGGCCGAGAACCCCGCGCUACCAACCUACCGAGUAGUGGACCAAGAUGGGAAGAUCGUCGAUCAAUCAUUCGAGCAGGACCUUAGCGAUGAAGAGGUGGUCAGAUUGUACAAAAAUAUGUUGAUAGUCUCCAUAAUGGAUGUCAUCAUGUUUGACUCGCAGCGCCAGGGUCGCCUGAGCUUUUAUAUGGUAUCAGCCGGCGAGGAGGCGCUGAGUGUGGGGUCAGCAUCGGUGUUGGCUAAAGAAGAUGUGGUAUUCUGCCAGUACCGUGAACAAGGGGUGUUUGUGGAGCGCGGCUUUGCUCUAGGCGACUUCAUGAACCAACUGUUCGCAAAUAAGAAGGAUCCCGGGCGAGGAAGGAACAUGCCCGUUCACUAUGGCAGUAGAGAGCUCAACAUCCACACGAUAUCGUCGCCUUUGGCCACCCAAAUUCCGCAAGCCGCCGGCGCAGCAUAUGCAUUGAAGAUGCAACGCGUCAAUGACCCGUCUUUACCACCUCGAGUUGCAGCAGUUUACUUCGGCGAGGGAGCAGCAAGCGAGGGAGAUUUCCAUGCGGCCUUGAAUAUGGCGGCUACGCGCUCAUGCCCCGUCAUCUUCAUCUGUCGAAACAAUGGCUAUGCCAUCUCGACACCAACCCUGGAACAAUACCGAGGCGACGGAAUUGCGAGCCGAGGCAUAGGAUAUGGUAUUGACACCAUCAGGGUCGAUGGUAAUGACAUAUGGGCAGUGAGGGAAGUUACCAAAAGAGCGCGGGAAAUGGCCCUCCAGGACGGCGGGAAACCAAUUCUCAUUGAAGCGAUGAGUUAUCGUGUAAGUCACCACAGCACGUCAGACGACUCAUUCGCAUAUCGGGCAAGAGUUGAAGUCGAGGAUUGGAAACGUAGAGAUAAUCCUCUGGCCCGACUGCGAAAGUACAUGGAAGCUAAAGGGAUCUGGGACGAGACCAAGGAGAAAGAGUCGCGCGAGCGCAUUAGGAAAGACGUCCUGAAGGCAUUUUCUGAGGCCGAGAGAGAGAAGAAACCGCCCAUUAGGGCAAUGUUUGAAGACGUUUAUGAGGAGCUGACUCCGGAUCUGAUAAGUCAGAUGAGAGAGCUGAGUCAACAUCUGGACAAGUACCCAAAUGAAUAUGACCUGGGUUCGUUUGAGGGUGGCAAGAGUAGCUUAGACUCGUAG